AUGCCAUCUCGGCUAGAAGGGCAGGAGACAGCCGCUCUGCUCAUCAACGGCGCGCGUGACAGGAUCACCACACCAGAGGCUGCCGAAUCGUCAGCGCAGUUUCUUCGACAGGUCCUCCGUGGUCCCGUUAGGCUGGAGAUUUUUCCCGACCGGGGAGCCGAGAUGCUGCGUGGAGAGGCAGAGAGCCGCUGCCUCAUGGAGUUCCUCUCUGACCACCUGCAUGGUGUUGGACGUAAGGGCAGUGAAGAAGCCAUGCGCAAGAUGGGUGCCGAACCGGUUUCUUUCGCUGAGGAUGGGUCGGGUUUGGUUAUGCAAGUCAGCGAUCGCUUCUUAGAUCAGAUGGACUGA